AUGGCGUAUGGAAAAGGCCACAUCCUCACCAUUGAUGGAAACGUAACGAAUGUCGAAAACUGUGUUUUCACUCUAAUGUCAAGCUGCGAACCCAUUCCUGACGCCGUGGAAGGCAUUACUGAACUUCAACCUCCAAAGACAGAUGGCAAAAAUGGAAUCAGCAUGGCACACAAACCUGAUUACUUUAUUCCCGAUGAUAAGCUCAGCGAAUAUGACUCGAUCGACUCAAUUUCUCUCAAUUACGACUAUGAUGAUUACGAUCCAACUGAUUACGUUCGCCGAGCUAAUAGUCAACCCUGGAGAGUGGAUCUGGUCACCGAUGAGAGAGGAGAAACCGCUGGUCUUUACGUUCUGAUCGGAGCAACAAUGAUCGUAGAAAUCGAAGAUUGGCGAACUCUCCGUCUGAAUGGAAUGGACAUGGGUUUACCUUUUGAGAACUCAGAAAUAAAAGUCAUCGUCUAUUGUGGAAGCAUGCAAUUGCAGUCACGUGACGGGCUCGUUCUGACUCUGAACAAAGACGGCCAAGUUUCCACCACCCCGCCGGGUACAGAAGAAAGCUGUCCGCAUCACAUUCCACCUGCUUGGAAUCAUGGAAAGGACUUUAACGACGGGCGCUGUAAACGACCAACGGAUUGUGUUGAAAAUCCAACUUGCCGAGAUCAUCCAAAGUGCGAUCCUCGAUGCAGAGGAGAUGGUUGCAAUCACUAUGACUGCCGGCAUCAUCCAAGAUGUCCAGAACAAAUCUUUAUGGAGCAAGCUCCAUUUUCGCCUUGUCACGAUGUCAUUGAUCCUGAUCCAUUUUAUCAUGCUUGCAUCCAGGAUCGAUGCAGAACUUUUGGAGCAAAGCCCGUCUGCGAAAUUCUUGAAGCAUACUCUUUAGAGUGUCACAGAGCAAAUGUGCGAUUACGAUGGAGAAUGCAGUCGAAUUGCUUCAAAACGUGUCCGAAGCCGUUCAUCUGGUCAGACUGCGGAAAGCCUUGCGAUGCUUCUUGUGGUGAUCUGAAUCCACAGUGCGAAGGAAAAUGCGUUCCUGGUUGUCGCUGCCCAGCUGGCCUCGUUAAGCACGCUGGAGGCUGCACAAAGCCAGAAUAUUGUCCAAACUACACUCCGCCGCCAGUUGAUUUCGACGACGAUACUGCCUGUAUCUAA